AAUAAAAUUCUCUUUCAAUUUUACUAAUCGACUUAAUUAAAUUCCAGUUUUGAUUAAGAAAUCGCACAGUUUGAAAAGCCCGCGUUUCUCCGCGAGCCGAUCAAUAUGGCCGGCGAUGGCUCCACCCACCAGCAGAAUCUUCAAUCUUAUUCCCGAGCUGAAAUAUCAUCAAAAUGUCAUCAAUGUUUCAAUCAAUUUUUAAUUUAUUUAUUAUUUUAGUUUAAUUAAAACCCGAUAAGAAAAUUACCAACUGUACGAAGCUAACCCUAUUGUAAUUUAAUCGGUUGUUAAUUAUCUACUUUAAUUGAUCAAGAUGCGUUUAAAGAAAAGUUUUCUAGAAAAAUAGGAUUAAACAAGAGAUUUACUUAUUUCCUGACUUUCUAUAUGUUAAUUAAUUGAUGACUAGGGUCAACUUGUUUUGAUUCAAGUAACGGAUUAACUUAUCAAUUGUGUUAAUUAUUAAGAUACAAUCAUGGCUGGUAAAGUGAGUUCUUGGCUUUAUGAGAAGAGAUCAUUGAAAAAGCCAAAAUUAGGUCCAUCUGAUGUUUAUCCUCAAGAACCUAAACAAAAAGAGGAUGAAUUGACAGCUAUAAAUGUGAAACAAGGUUUUCUUACCUUUCCAUCUAUACAAGAAGAAUAUGGCUCGUCAAGGAAUGCAAAUAUUACGCCCAAUAAGUUUGGUGCUUUUUUCUCGGCUCUUUUAUCAAAGAAACAAGAGCUCAACACGUUACAAGAUACAGGAAGAAGGAAGCCACAAAUUAAUCCAAAGGAUAACAUUUGGUUGGUCACCCAACGAUCAAAGACUAUGGUUGAUGCUUGGUUUCGUGACCUUGCCUCUGGAACUAAAACAUUAGCUCAGCUCUCGCGAAAAGUGCCCAUAUUUAAUAAGAAAGAAGAAAUUUUUCUUCAAUUAUAUGAAUUCCAAGUUCCCAUGUUCAAAGCAAAUUGGUUUAUAAAAAUGUCUUCAGCAUACUCAAUAGCAUUAUCGGAAACCGCCAAUAAAAGUAAAAAACGGCAGGUAAUUGAUCAAUCUCAAGAAUGGACUGGUAUAUUAUGUAGAUUUUUACGUGAUUUAUAUCAAAAAAUUUGUGAACACUAUCAUGGAAGUACAUCAACAGCUACACCAUCACCUUUUUCUAACAGUGUCUCUCCAAGCUCAGCGAAUAUAAAUAUUGAUGUUGUACAAAAACAAUGGCAGUACUGCUGUCAAUUAGCCCGAUCACUUUUUGAAGAGGGUCUUUUAGAUAAACAAGAAUUUCUUAAUUGGAUUUUAGAUAUUCUAGAGAAGAUAAAAACAGCUGAUGAUCCUGUGGUGAGAGUUGUGGUUACUUUAAUAUUACAAUAUAUUGAAGAUUUCACUGAAUCUGAGUUAUGCUCUCGUAAGCUUGCUUAUCAAUGUGCCAUCAAGCUUAACCAACUUGUAUCAAGUUUUAGUGUCUCACCUUUAAACUCAUCGAACACAUCUAGCUCAUCUAUAUCUUCACCUUCACCUAACGAAAGUUCAUCUUCCAUUGUAAACGGUCCUAUUUCAAAUAGAUCAAUGUCUCCCACUUCCUCAUCCACAAAUUCCAAUACACCUGUUGAACCAUUGAUAACUAGUUUUCGUGAUCUCUUGAGCUGUCCUCAUCAUCGUAACAUGGCCAUUGGAUUAUCAGCUAUCAUUCAAGUGAUAACUUUAAAAUGUCCAACUGCAAUGGUCUGGCAUGGGGAUGGGCGUUUAUCUCCAGCUCUUAAUGGGUCACCUUUAGAUCAUCUUCCAUGUCCUCCUUCCGUUUUACCUAUGCCAGCUCGACCUCAUAAUCGUCAAUUACGUGAAGAGUUGAGAGCUAAAGAAGAGGAAAUAAGAAUACGAAGUCGCUCUGUAGAAAACAAAUGGUGUUCUGAUAGAUCUCAACAAACUGCUCCAGGCGUAAUUAUAAAUAGACUUUUGAAUACACUAAAUUCAUUGGAUCGUCAUUCAUUUGAAAAAGUUGAAUCAAAUAAUUCAAUAGAAACUCUUUACGCUGCAAUAUUCAAGAAUAAUCAAUCGUCUGCUCUAAAAUCUGACCUUUCAGAAAAGUCUCUUAAGAAAAUCAUUUCAGAAGAUGAAUCAAUUGUAAAAUUGCUCUGUGAAUGGGCGGUAACAACUAAACGAACUGGGGAACAUCGAGCAUUGGUAGUGACAAAAUUAUUAGAAAAACGACAAAAUGAAUUAUUAGCUGAAAAAGAAAAUGACAAACCUGAUGACAAAGAAAUUGACUCAACUUUAACAAACGGAUGCAAAGGUGCAGAUUUAUCUUCACCAAAUGUUGAAACUCCACAACAAAUUUAUCAAGAUCUAUUAAUGUCUUUUCUUGAUACUCACGCUCCAAUUUGGGACGAUAAAAAUUCAAAUCCAGAAUCGAAAUUAGCAUUUUCUAACCUUGUUCUACUAUUUGGUGAAUUGAUAAGAUGUGAUGUAUUUUCUCACGAUGCUUAUAUGUGUGCUCUUAUUUCCAGAGGACAAUUUGCUAAUUCACCGAGCACUUCAUCCGUGUUACCUCAAAUCUCUGACAUGAAAAUUACGAACAAAUCUGAGCAAUCAAGUUUAACCAAUUUUGUUCCAAAUUUACCUUCGGCUAGUAUAUUGCCUUCUUUAAGUGGACCAACAUCUAACAUGACAGGUUCACUUGAUGUUAAUACUCCAAAUAGAUCAUCUGAAUCGUCUCUUCCCAUGUUCGAACCAGUCACUGAUCCAUCCGCAAGUGCCAGAUCUGAUCAAAUGGGUAAUUGGGAUGUACAACAAUUGGAAAUGGACGAUGCACAAUUAGAUUCUGAAUUAGAUAAAUUAUUACAACAUAUUAAAGAAGGACAACAAAAUAAUAUGAAUGAUCAAACUGAUAUUCUUUUACCAGACUCAGUGAGCUCAGAAAAAGAGAACGAAGCUGGAAAUCUCCUUGCUAAUAUGGGCUUUGGUCAACAACAACCACAACAACAGCAACAACAACAAGAAACUGGACAACGGACUCAUGUCCAGAGGCAUCUUUUAUAUACAACUCACUUCCCUUUACCCCAAGAUGAGUCUACUAAUCAUGAUUGUAAUCAGCGGCAUGUACUUUUAUAUGGUGUCGGUAAAGCUCGUGACGAUGCCAGGCACAUAGUUAAAAAGACUACCAAAGAAAUAUUGAAAUUAUUCAGCCGAAAAUCAUCUAUGGACAUUAGCGAAGGAGCAAAAGUAAAGAAGAAAGAAAGUUUCAGCUUCGAAACGGCUUUAAACAAGUUUCAAAGUUUGGCUUAUUUUGAUCAACACGUUGUUACAUCUUGUUGUGCUGCUGCUUGUAUUGAAAUGUUUGAAGGAGUUGCAAAUGGUACUUCCGUUCAUUUACCUUUGAUUGAAGCUAUCGCAUUUUUAUUUGAUCUUAUGGAAAUGGCUCUCAACAUUCACGGGCUUAUCGAUUUCUGUAUACAACUUCUUAAAGAAAUGCCUGAUGUUGAAUUGAAGCUCACUGAAAAAUGUCCCAUUCUUGUCGGUAAUUAUUGUGCACAAAUUGGUCUUUAUAUCACCGGUGUACUCUACAGGUACCAGUCAUGUUUACUAGUCUCUCAAGAAGAGACUGUAACAGUGUUCGAAGGACUUUAUAAACUUGUUAGAAGUGUUUCUAAUCCUGCUGAUUGCUCAUCCGCUGAAAGAUGUAUAUUAUGUUAUCUUUAUGAUCUUUACACCAACUGUAGUCAUUUAAAGUCGAAAUACUUUGAUUUAUUUAACUCAAUUGGACAAAAAGUAAAACAGAAUAUCCAUUCAACGCGAGAACCUUCAUCCGUAAAACUUUCCUGGAACACAACAUGCAUGAGCGAAUAUAUCAACAAUCCUAAGAUGAAAAUUGAUAUAACUCAUCUUAAUCAGCUCAAUGAAAACGCACAUUUCAGGUACAGUUUUGUCUGUAACGCUGUUCACGCUGUUUCAACCGCUAAAGAUGCGAACCGUUUGAAUGACCUUUCCAUCUUGUGUGCUGAACUAUCUUCUCGGUGUCCUGCCCUAGGGAGUGAAUGGCUCGGAGUGUUGAAAGCUCUUUGCUGUUCUUACAAACAGAAUAGUGGAUUUGCUGAAGUUCUUACUCAAGUUUGCGUUUCUGAUAUCUCUCUUCACGAUAACAUUGCAGUUUUCACCUGUAUUCUCAUAGCACGUCGAUGUUUUUCUCCUCAAGAUUUUGUGAUCCAUUGCGCUCUCCCCUCACUUCUUGCCGCUAGUCCGACUGGGGGAGGCUGUCAAGAUGCUGAAGCUGGUGCUCGAUUAACUUGUCACAUUCUUCUUUGUUUCUUUCGCUCCUCUGAACCUCCUUUAUCAUCUAAUACUGUCUAUUCAACACCAGCUACUACACUUUACUCCCUUACUAGCCCCGGGCCCUCGAAUCUUCCACCUUCUACUUCAGUGCCAGGUAACAAUAGAUCACUUUUCGUGAUAAAACAUCCUUGUGAUCGUUACCUUUUAGCAGCAGCAAACAUAAGUAUGAAAGUUGAAGCAGUUUUAACAAUACUAAAAGCAAUUCUUGUGUUAGGCGACUCAAUUGAUGCAAAUAGAGAGAAUAAAAUCAAGAUUGAAAACUCGAGCUCAAAAGAACUUAAUCUAAAUGAAUUCUCCUCGCUUAUGGGUGAUGAAGAGUACAACGAAUAUGAUUUUCUCAGUUUAACUGGUAAUAAAACUAAAGAAAAAACAGAAAGUGUGGUUGAGGCUGCAGGUCUCAAUGAAUUUGCCAAACACGUUCUCCGACAGAUUAGUAGUCAAGAAUGGAUAUUAGAACGAUGUCUUAGAGAUCCUGAUGUAAUUACGAAGCAAGAUGUAUUCCUUGAUCCCAGUUUAACUCCAGAACAAGCGUUGCAACUUUUACAAAUGAUUUGCAACCCUAAAUCUACUACACCAGUUGACAAAGACUUCGAACCAAAACAGCAAAUCACGAGAGUUUUCCAAAAUCUUGACGAAUGGACAAUUAGACAAUCUUGGCUUCAAUUACAAUUAAUGUAUGCACAAUGCUGUACACCAAAACCGCCAACUGAUGUUGGUAACUGGCUGGAUAUGGUGGCUAAAGCGACCAUAGAUUUUUUCCAACAAUCGAGCGAAGAAAGUUCUAAAAGUAACCUUAAUCAUGAGAGUGGUAAAAGUGAAAAACAAGGCAAUGAAGGACAAUGGCAAAGUAAAAGUACAAGAGUGUGGCUGGUAUCACCUUUAAUAUCUAAAUUACCUUCAUCAGUACAAGGAAAAAUACUUAAAGUUGCUGCUAAUGUUUUAGAAUCUGGUAAUUGGAUGUCUGCUUCGAACUCACAAAACUCAUAUUCCUAUUCUAAGAAUAAAGAUCGAGGCUUCUCUCAGCAAAAAAGUAAUAGCUCUGGAAAUGGUAAUAAUCCCUCUUCUUUGCUAAGUUAUCCUCCUUUCUUAGCAUUGGUGCUCAUGUGCCUCCGUGGUAAAGAUGAACAAAGAGAAAGUCUUCUCAAUUCUUUAUUCUCACAACUUCAACAAGCUGUUCACGAUAGAGAUGAUCCAAAAGUCCGUGUUACAAACAUCCAAGAGGGAUUACAAUUAAGGUUGAGCCUAGUUGGUGGAAUGUUCGAUAUGAUUCAAAAAUCUACUUCUCUCAUUAACGAUUGGGCAGUUUUAUUCGUACAAUUGAUCAGUAAUGGAGUUGUUGAAACACAACAAAGUUAUGAACUUUUCACCACCGUUUUAGACAUGUUAGCUGUGUUGAUACAUACAACUCAAUCUUCAGAGACUUCUGAAUCCAGAGAGGAGACAAGAAAACAAUAUCAAAAUCUUAUCAAAAAACUUAAGAAAGAGUUUGCUUUCGAUAAAGUUGGUCUUGGAGUUGAUCUUUUGAAACAACUUUUACCUAUUAGUAAACAACAAUGUGAAGUUAUUACAUGUGAACCAAUGGGCAGUUUAAUCGAUACCAAAGGUAAUAAAAUUGCUGGAUUCGAUUCUAUCGACAAGAAGCAAGGUUUACAAGUAGCUGAAAAGCAGAAAGUGUCACCUUGGGAUCUACUAGAAGGUCAUAAGAAUCCUGGUCCUCUUAGUUGGUCUUGGUUUGGAGCUGUUAGAAUUGAAAGAAAACCAUUAAGAGGUGAAGAGAAUCACAAUGUUCUUGCUUGGCAUACUCACUCUUUCAAGCAACCGACAUCUUAUUACCUUGAACAUCCUCCGUUACCUCCUGAAGAUGCUCCCGAACCCUCACCUGUUCCUCCGCCUUCCAUACUUAACGAUAUCAAACCACCAGUUGUGCCUCCACCAAUCAUUCCACCUCAACCUACUCUAAUACCGAUGUCUAUUCCUGACGAUCCAAUAAAACGAGAAAGAGACACUCCGGUCGAGGUUUCUAGUCCACGUGCAACUGCAGCGAAGAAACCAAAGACCACUAGAAAGAAAAGAACCCCCAAGAAUGCUGUCGCUGCCGCUACUGGUCCAGUUGUGGUGGGAAACUCUAUGACUCCUCCAUUAGUACCUGUAAAUGUACAAACUCCUCCAAUGAGAAUGACCGGUGGUUAUGAAAAUUACGUUCAACCUGGUCCACCUCAACAUCAACCGCAACCACCACAACAAUGGUAUAGUCAUAGUCAACAACAACCUGGUCCACAACAUCCACAGCCUCCACCUGGACCACCUCAUCAACAAAAUCAAUCGUUCUUCCAUCCAGGUCCAAUGGGACCAACAUCUAAUCGUUAUGAGAGACCAAUGAGUAAACCAAAGGCAAUAUUAAACAGUCAAAUAAAAAGUCGACAGCCAACACAAGCACCCAAUAUGAACCAAGGUUACAUGCCUCAAAACAGUGGUCCAAUACCAAAUCAAGGACCAGUUCCCGUACCAAUAUCAGGUCCAGUUCCAGGUCCAGUUUCAGUCGCAGGCCCAGUAACGGUUCCCGGUGUAGUACCUGGACCAGUUCCAGGGUCUGUACCAAUGGGUCCAACUGGUGGACCUCCUCCAAAUCAAGGUCCACCUCAACACAUGUUCCAAAGAGGCCAAAUAAUGAUGCAACGGCCAAUGAGAGCCAGACAACCUCAACCACCUCCACAAGCACCACCUCAAAUGGCUAUGGCACAACAAAACCAAAUGCAAAGCAAUCAAAUGUACCAACAAAUGGCUCCAACUAAUCAAAUGGUUCCACAAAAUGUUAAUAUGCCACCAAAUCAAAUGCAUCAUAUGCCCAAUCAACCUCAAAAUAACUACGGAGGGCCACCACCAAACAUGACUUACUCCAAUUCAAUGCAAAUGCAAGGUAUGGAUCAACAAAUGGGCGGACAUGGUAUGAAUCAAGGUUACCCUCCACAAGCUCCGAAUCAGCAAAAUCCAGCAAUGAUGAACUCGGUGAUGAGGCAACAAUUACAUCCACAAGCAGGACAUCAUCCUCAAGGUCAACCAGGACCUCCAAUGGCUCAACAACAACAACAGCAGCAACAACAACAACAACAACAACCUCCACCACAACAUCAUCCACAGCAACAAUACAUCCAACCAGGACAAAUGAAUUCGUAUAUGCAGUGGUAGCACUGUUUAAAACAAAACUCGUGAUAGCACUUCAUCUUUAAGAGUAGAUCAAAACUACCAAUUUCAUCAUCAUCUUAAUCAUUUUCAUAAUCAUCUUCUUCAUUGAAAAGGAGACACAUCCGCUAACCUUCAUUUUACUACUUGUUAUAAAUGUUUAUCAAAUACUACUGAAGGUCUCAUUAACUUCUUAUGCUAUGAAGGAUGCGAAAAAUACAAAGAAAGCUUGUUUAUUGUAAAUUUUCAUAUUGAAUUUGAUUCAUCUCAUAAAAGAGGUUAAUCUGAUGUAAACCAUAUUUAAUAAUUUCGUUUGUUUUUUUGCUAUUCUUUGCCCAUUUCUUUCUCAAAUUUUUCUCUAUAAAAUGGAUGAUCAAUAGAUUUACUACUUUGGAAACUCAUUUUCACUAAUCUCUCUCUCUCUCUCCUUCCAUGAAUCCCAAUUUUAUCAUCAUUUCCAUUUUGUACACUUAAAUCAUCAUUUCUAUCAAAAAUUCUCUUCGCUGUCUAAUCAAGAUUCUUCAUCAUCUUCAUCAUCAUCUUGAUCACCUUUUUGGUUGCAAUAAAAGUCGCUAGAAGAUUAGAUUACGGACCAAAUUGUGAUGAUCGACUGUAUCCCCACAUAAUUGUGUCAUUUCAACCAAUCAAUUAUUCAACAAUUGUAAAAGCUUUUCCAACAACAAGUAAAGGCCUUUGUUAAAUUAUAGUUAGUAAAUUUUUCUAAUCCAAUCGGUCAACAAUUAAUUAUGACGAUAAAUAAACUGUCUUAUAAAAAUCAA